AUGGCUAGCAGCAUUGAUAGUUUAGCCAAAAAUGUGAAAGAAUUCAGAGAAACAGCCAAAUUCUUUCCCAAGGACAAAUUGGACCUCGUUACCAGAAAAGGCGUGUAUCCGUAUGAUUAUAUGGACUCGUGGGAUAAAUGUGACGAAACACGACUACCCAACAAAAAAGAAUUUUACAACAAAAUGACUGAGUCGGAUAUAUCACACGAGGACUAUGCACAUGCCAAAACAGUAUGGAAGACCUUCAACAUUAAAAAUUUAGGUGAGUAUUCUGAUUUGUAUGUGAAGACUGAUGUACUGAUCUUAGCUGAUAUUAUGGAACAUUUUAGAGAUGUCUGCAUAAGGACUUACAAAUUGGAUCCUGCAUGGUACUUCACUGCACCCGGUCUCUCUUGGGAUGCUAUGUUAAAAACCACUGGAAAGGAAUUAGAAUUAUUGACUGAUUAUAACAUGAUUUUAAUGUUAGAAAAAGGAACCAGAGGUGGGAUUUCUCAGUGUUGUAAUAGGUAUGGGAAAGCUAAUAAUAAAUAUAUGAAAGACUAUGACAGAAGUAAAGAAUCUAAUUAUUUAAUCUACCUAGAUGCCAAUAACUUGUAUGGAUGGGCAAUGAGCCAAUUUCUACCAUAUGGCGGCUUCAAGUGGGGGGAUACCGAUAUAGAUGUAACAGCGAUCCCCGACGAUUCAGAUGUGGGUUAUAUCUUAGAAUGCGACUUGGAAUAUCCUGAAUAUUUGCAUGAUCUCCAUUCAGACCUCCCACUAGGAGCUGAGAACAGAGUUCCUGAUGGCUCAAAACAUACAAAAUUACUAACAACCUUAUAUGACAAAGAUCAUUAUGUGGUUCAUUACAGGGGUUUGAAACAAUUUUUACAAAUGGGCUUAAAAUUGAAGAAAGUACACAGGGUAUUAGAGUAUAAGCAAGCACCUUGGCUGAAGACAUAUAUCGACUUGAACACUGAAAUGAGAACUAAAGCAACUAAUGACUUUGAAAAAGAUUUCUAUAAACUCAUGAACAACUCUGUGUUUGGUAAGACAAUGGAAAAUAUUAGAAAAAGGCUUGAUAUCAAACUGUGCUGUGAUGCGGAGAAAGCCGAAAAACUUAUUGCUAAACCAAAUUUUAAAGGAAGAACCAUAUUUGAAGAAAAUUUAGCCGCUAUACAUAUGCACAAAACUGCAGUACUCUUUGAUAAACCUAUCUAUGUUGGAAUGAGUAUCUUAGAUUUAUCCAAAACUUUAAUGUACGACUUCCACUAUAAUGUGAUGGCACCUAAAUAUGGGAAAAACAUUAUACUGUUGUACAUGGAUACGGAUAGUUUCAUCUAUGAUAUAAAAACUGAUGAUUUCUAUGAAGAUAUGAAAGGAAUGCUUGAACAUUUUGACACGUUUGAUUAUCCGGAGGAUAAUAGGUAUGGAAUGCCGCGAGUUAAUAAAAAGGUUUUGGGGAAGAUGAAGGAUGAAAAUGCAGGGGGGAUCUUGGAAGAGUACGUUGGCUUAAUAUCUAAGAUGUAUGCCUGUAAAACUGAAAAAGACUUAGUUAAAAAAUCAAAAGGUAUUAAGAAAUGUGUAGUGAAAAAUAGAAUUACUUUCGAGGAUUACAAAAACUGUCUAUUCUCACAUCAAAAACAGUACAGAUCUAUGAAUCUCAUUAGAAGCACAAAACAUAAUAUUCAUUCCAUACAAGUAAAUAAGAUUGCCCUUUCAGGAGAUGAUGACAAGCGGCACAUAUUACCAGAUGGUAUCCAUACCUUGGCUCACGGUCACUAUGCGAUAAAGAGCAACCUCAAAAGUCACCUGUACAGACGCCAGGCGAAGGAUCAGCAUUUUGGUAAGGCCCCCAAGAAACCUCUCCUCUAUAAUAGCUCGGCUACGUACUGA